GCGCCAUCUGUUAACAACAAACACAUGAAUAAUUAAAUUUUUGGCGGAUAAUUCAAGAAAAUAAGAAAUAGUCCGUUUUUGGAAAUUGUUUUCCUAAAUAACUACUUAGAACUAAUCAUUUUCCUCCAUUCUCUCUAUUAAAAAUAAUCAGUACAUACAUUUUGAACUAACAAAAGUCGAUUUAAUUUACCCUUCCAACGCUUCAACGUCUCUUUAAACCGACCUUCAUAUGACAUUGGCCAUUCCAAGUUUCUUGCGAAUUGUCACAUACCGGUUUAAAACACAAAUUUUGGUGAAAAAUUACAGUAAAAUGGCUUUUAACAAAUUGGCAAUCGACGCAUUGGACCUUAGCGGGAAACGAGUACUAAUUAGGGUGGACUUCAAUGUCCCUCUUAAAGAAGGAAAAAUCACCAACAACCAGCGUAUAGUGGCAGCCCUCGAUUCUGUCAAAUAUGCUCUGGACAAACAGGCCAAGAGUGUAGUAUUGUGCUCUCAUUUAGGACGUCCCGAUGGCACUCCCAAUCCCAAGUACACUUUGGCCCCAGUAGCAGAGGAAUUGAAAAAACUUCUGAACAAAGAAGUAAUAUUUCUUUCCGAUUGUGUUGGACCCGAAGUUGAACAAUCCUGUUCAAACCCAGCACCAGGUUCCAUAAUUUUACUGGAAAAUUUACGUUACCACAUUGAAGAAGAAGGCAAAGGCGUGGAUGCUUCAGGAAACAAGGCCAAAGCUGAUCCUGCAAAAGUUAAAGAAUUUCGGGCAAGUUUAAGAAAAUUGGCUGAUGUGUAUGUUAAUGACGCUUUUGGAACUGCUCACAGAGCUCAUUCUUCUAUGAUGGGAGAAGGUUACGAACAAAGAGCUUCAGGUUUUCUUCUAAAAAAAGAACUGGCAUACUUUGCCAAAGCUUUAGACAACCCAGAAAGACCAUUCCUGGCAAUUUUGGGUGGCGCCAAAGUGGCCGAUAAGAUUCAGCUUAUCGAUAAUCUUUUGGAUAAAGUCAACGAAAUGAUUAUUGGCGGUGGCAUGGCCUAUACAUUCCUCAAAGAACUCAAAGGCAUGAAGAUCGGUAAUUCCCUUUAUGAUGCAGAGGGUGCCAAAAUUGUGGGAAAACUGAUGGAAAAAGCCAAGAAAAAUAACGUUCAAGUGCACCUUCCUGUAGAUUUCAUUACCGCUGAAAAAUUUGAUGAGAAAGCCCAGUCUAGCUGUGCCUCUGUGGAAACUGGCAUUCCAGAUGGUUGGAUGGGUUUGGACAUUGGCCAAAAAACUAUCGAACUCUUCAAAGAACCAAUCAGAAGGUCGAAAGUUCUUGUAUGGAAUGGACCAGCGGGUGUGUUUGAAUGGGACAAAUUUGCUAAUGGAACCAAAGCUAUUAUGGACGAAGUUGUAGCUGCCACCCAAAAAGGAACCAUCACGAUUAUUGGUGGAGGUGACACUGCAACUUGCGCAGCCAAAUGGAAUACCGAGGAUAAAGUAUCGCAUGUUUCCACAGGAGGUGGUGCUAGUCUGGAGCUUUUGGAAGGAAAAGUUUUGCCAGGAGUGGCUGCAUUGUCUGACGCUUAAAUUUGAAUUGUAAAAUUCGUUUUAAUGUAGUUUGGCAUUCUGUAUGUGAAAGGAUGUAACCUUUGUGUUAGUUGGAUAAUAAAAUUUAUUAUAUUUUUGUUUUAAUGGAAAAGUUUAUUUAUAAACCAAAGUUGUGCAUGAGUUACAUACGGCUCUACAUUGUAUAUUUUAUUUAAUCAGCAUAUUAUUUUUCAUUAGCUUGCAUUCUGUAUUCUCUUUUUGUAGCUUCUACUUGCCGAGCGUC